UUAAAAAAUUUGUAAAACAUUUUGUUGUUAAUGAUAAUUGUUUAAAUAAAAUAGUCAGUAAACAUGGUUGUCAUGCCCGAUGUGGACGAUUUGGUUAAUGAACUGCAAAAAUGGCUGAAGACUCAGACCCAUUUGCCGCAAGGAAUCGAAAAGAUAUUACUGAAACGUUUUCUGUACUCAAUGUCUAAUGACUUGGAGGGAGCGAAACGGCUCAUUGAACUGAAUUACACAUUGCGCAACAAGUAUCCGCAAAUAUUUCUGAAUCGUGACCCAACAGAUGAGAGCUCUGAGCAACUGCUGCAAGUGGCUGAUUUAGUGCCGCUACCUGGCUUAACACCACAGAAGAACAAGCUGCUUUUUUACCGACUGAUCGAUUACGAUGCAGACAAGUUCGAUUUUACAACUUCGAUUAAAGUUUUCUUUAUGAUGGCUGAUUGCCGCUUUUCUGUUGAGGACGAAGCUGGCAUGGCAAAUGGUGAAGUACCAAUAUUUGAUAUGGCAGGUUUUAGUCUGCGGCAUUUAACAAAAGUGGUCUUCAGUUCUUUACGAAUUUAUAUGAAAUUUGUGCAAGAAGCACAUCCUGUACGGCUCAAAGAAAUCCACGUAUUAAACUGUCCAUCAUAUCUGGAUAAGGUCCUAACUGUGGUCAAACCAUUCAUUAAAAGUGAAGUUUUUAAAUUGAUUAAUUUUCAUUUGCCCGAUGCUGAUACACCUUAUAAAUUUUUCCCUCAAGAUAUGUUAGCAGAGGAAUAUGGUGGAAAAGCUGGAAAAAUGACGGAACUCAAGAAACAUUGGGUUGGAAUACUUAAAGAAAAAAGGGAAUACAUGAUGGAUCCAAACAAGUGGAAAAUUGACAAAGCAAAAAAAUCGAGCGGAUCAAGUACCUUUAAUUCUUUAGAUUUCGAUUAAGAUGUCAACGUUAAUCUUUAAUUUUUUUUUUAUUUGGUGUUUUAUGUAAAUAUAUAAUUAAUAAUAAUCUCUUAAGUAGUCAUUUGUUAUAUUCAAUAGUAGUAAAAGUUUUUAUA